UUUCCAAGAUGGCGCCUACGGCUAUGCUGGGAAUAUAGAGUGAAGCUGCAGUUCUGCCAAUACUCAAGAUGGCUGCCCCCAUCAAGAUGACCGGGGUGUGCCUAGGGGAAAGAGGCAGCAGGAUGAUCUGAGAUGGUCUAGCAUUGAACCAUAUGGAAGUUUCUGAAACUGGGGAGCCCGAUGAUGGGGGUUGGAGCCCGUGGAGGAUAGAGGGAGCAAUAGAUUUCCCCCCCAGGCUAAUCCCAGCCACUCCCUGUCCUCUGGACUAAAAUGGGGAACACCCUGGGCCUGGCACCGAUGGGGACUUUACCCCGCCGGAGCCACCGUCGAGAGGAACCGCUGCCCAACCCCGGGAGCUUCGAUGAGCUGCACCGGUUGUGCAAAGAUGUAUUCCCGGCACAGAUGGAAGGUGUGAAGCUGGUUGUCAACAAGGUUCUGAGCAGCCAUUUCCAGGUGGCUCAUACUGUGCAUAUGAGUGCCCUGGGCUUGCCAGGGUACCACCUCCAUACCGCUUAUGCAGGGGACUGGCAGCUUAGCCCCACAGAGGUGUUCCCCACUGUGGUGGGGGAUAUGGACAGCAGUGGCAGUCUCAACGCCCAGGUCUUUCUUCUGUUGGCAGAACGGCUGCGAGCUAAGGCUGUCUUCCAGACACAGCAGGCCAAGUUCCUGACAUGGCAGUUUGACGGCGAGUACCGGGGAGAUGACUACACAGCCACUCUGACCCUGGGAAACCCGGAUCUGAUUGGGGAAUCAGUGAUCAUGGUCGCUCACUUCCUGCAGAGCAUCACCCAUCGGCUUGUGCUUGGAGGAGAGCUAGUUUAUCACCGGCGGCCAGGAGAAGAGGGGGCCAUCUUGACUCUGGCUGGGAAGUACUCAGCUGUUCACUGGGUAGCUACGUUGAAUGUUGGGUCAGGUGGGGCCCAUGCAAGUUACUAUCACAAGGCAAACGAACAGGUUCAGGUUGGAGUAGAGUUUGAGGCAAAUACAAGGCUACAAGAUACGACCUUCUCCUUUGGUUACCACCUGACUCUGCCCCAGGCCGAUAUGGUGUUUAGAGGCUUGGUGGACAGUAACUGGUGUGUAGGUGCAGUGCUGGAGAAGAAGAUCCGUCCCCUGCCUGUCACCCUAGCCCUCGGAGCCUUCCUCAAUCACUGGCGAAACAGAUUCCAUUGCGGCUUCAGCAUCACUGUGGGCUGAGACUGUCCUGGAAGCAGCUUCCACAGCCGCUGGAACCUUUGAGUCUGAUGCCUUAGGGUCAGAGACUAACUAGGUCCCUCUCCAAAGCCCACCUUGCCGGAUGACUCCUAGGUCCCAUGGGCAGAGUGGGGGACAAGACGAUAUCCUCCUUAGAACUGGAACUGCCACAGAAUCAUUUUUCCAGUUAGGCAGCGGGUUGAGGUUCCCAAUACUGCCGUCAGCCCACUAUGAUCUCCCACAAGCUCUAUGGCUCUGGAGAAAAGGAGAAGGACUAAGGGAUGUGUCUGGCUUCCCUCACCUCAUUUUUUUCAUUAUUUUUGUUUGAUUAAGAUAUUAGCUCCUCCUUCUUCAAAGCAGAGAAAUCUGCAUGAAAAUAAGGAGCAGGAAAAAGGCCUCCUGUCUAUCCCAUUUCUCCUGGUUUUCCCAUUCCUCGGCCCCUCAAGGUUGGGAAGGUAGGACUAAAGAGCUAAAUCUUUGGCCACAGAAAGACCAUAGAAUGGACCCACCCAUUCCCAGAAGGAACUUCAUCCACCUCCUAGCCCUGAGGCUUCCUUCCUUUUGAUGCUCUGUGUUUCCAGGGAACAACUUUGGCCCUAUAGUCACCCAACUUCCUUCUCUCUGUCCCCUGCCCACUCCAUGCCCCACUGAUGACGGCACGAAGAGACAGUUACUGUUCAGUGUUUCAUUGCCAUUGCCGAGUUCCUCUCUGUUGGUUCCCAUUUGGGGCGCCAGCACUUUCCCCUUUCCAGUCCAGUGUAUCCCCAUCCAGUCUGGGAAAGGAUGCAAGCCUGGUCCUCAGCUGCAAAUCUCCCCAAGCAGCGGCAUCAGAGCAGACAGUCCCUGGAUGCGCUGCAUUUCAUAUGAGUAUGCCUUGUUUAUACUCCGGAGCUCAGCCAACAGGCCCAUCAGCUUUGCAUACAGAAACCUUCGGAGGAAGGAGCAGGGUUACCAGGGAAAUAAGGCAGCUGGGAGUCCUGUCCUGAGGUUCCUAUCCCCUGAACUGCCCCUCAGAGAAGCUAAGUCUGAACAUUACAAAAUCAUGCUCUGGAUGGCACAUCUAUAUUUUGAAAAAUCUUAGAAAUCCCCAAGAAGGGCCUCUAUCAACACUGGUUUCCUUCUUUGUGCCUAGUUUUUCCUGAACCCAGGGCUUUGAGGUCAAGUGUAAAGGAAGUACUUGGCCAAAACUUCAACUGUAUAGAAUCUGAAGGUGGAACCUUCUAGAUUGAGUUCUAGAAGGUGGGUGUGUUAUUCUACAGUACAAAGCAUCCCCCUCUUAGCAAACAGAUUCGUUAGGGGAUGAGCAGAGCCAAGGUGGCGUAGGCUUCUGAGCCUGCACUGUUGAACUAGGGACAGAUUUUGUCUAUGAAAGUGUGAAGGAUUCUAAUUCCAAUGGGACUGAAAACUUCAAGGAAUUGAUCCAGAGGAGGGGAACAGGCCAAAAGAAUGAACAAGACAUUGACAUUUUGGCUUUAGUUUGGAAAAGUCAGAGAGGUGAGGUGAGGGAUGUCCCCAAUCUCAGGAAUGCUGUCACACACAGGCCAUGAGUUCCUACUUUGCAUUUCUACUGAAUGAAAACAACAACAACAAAACUCAACAACUUGGAAAAGUGAGAUGAAACAGCAGUCAGAGCAAUUUGGAUCCCGGGACUAUGUGCUAUGGGGUGGCCCGAGGGAAGGUCUAGAUUCCUAAGUACCUGGUUUCCCAAAGGCAGGAACAGUAAAAUGCAUUCAUCCAGAA